GGGAUAAAGAUCACCUUGCUUAGGAAUCUGUCUAUCAAAGGCACAUGCUGUGUGACGUUUACCAUGUGCCUCACCGUCUUAAAAUCCCCAGGUUUCAACCGUCUGGCUAGCCGGUGCCGUUGACACUGACCAAUUGUCCGAUGCGCUAAUCUUGCACGAUUGUUCCAUCCGUAGCAAGACGCAGGAUCGCGACGAGUCGUCAUGUUAGCGGUAGUUCGCUAAAACUCACCGCAACGCAACGACAGGUGAAGUCUAUCGUUCCAGCACACUGUAGGGGUAAGGCGCUAUCAGGGUGAGAUUUAUCGUCACCAAAUCCUUCCCCAUUACAUGUUGUCCCGCUGCUGCGAUUGCAAACCGAUGUCAGUCCGUGUUGAUCGGGGCGCACGGACAACAUAUCUCUAUAUAUAUAAGAUGGCAAAGCCCUACGCCAAGCACAGACGGGGUUUAUGACUUCGGCGGUGCACAGUCUCCCGUAUCCAUUUCAGUUUAUUCGUGUCGGUGGUCUGACGAAUGGUUCGCCUCGUUUCGGGAUCGUUUUUGUGUCAAUCACACACUGUGCUUGCUAGUGAAGGGACUUUACCGUCCACAGUUGUUCCUAAAGCGUGUCCAAUGGAACAAUUGCUGGAUGCCCCCUGAGUGAGUGCAAAUACAAACAAAGUGAUAGCGAAAUUGAAGUUGGCAAAGUACAGGUGAAAGUUUCGUGUACUAAAAGUAAAAAGCGAGUAAAACCAAACGAAAAGAUUAAAACUACAAGUUUGUUGGGCCGAAGUGCUGUAUUCUUAAACGAGCUUGGAGAAUAUUCUGUGUUCUCCAAAAUGGUGCGAACUGAUCCAAAGGGUUACGAUAACCCGACCAUUACCGUUUCUGACGAAAACGUGGUUUUGGAGAUGAGUAAUGGGAAUGGUCGAAUGCAUCGAGACAGUUUGCUGGGACUGAGUGAACCAUUGCCCCGUUUGGACCAUUACCGGGCAUCGCAGCGCAAUGCAAAGCGACCCUCGAUCGGUGUGCUGCAUGGCGAUCCGCGUGAUUCCAAGGAUGGAGAACCGGAGGAACAGCUCGAGGAAGAGAGCAAAGCACCUGCCCAUGCAAUCCGGCUCGGUUGGGUGCAGGGUGUACUGACACCGUGUCUGCUCAACAUCUGGGGAGUGAUGCUGUUCCUGCGUCUGAGCUGGGUUGUUGGUGAGGCCGGUAUCAUUCAGACGCUGAUCAUUAUAGCCCUCUCGUAUCUGGUGUGCGUCAUGACCACGCUGUCACUGUCCGCGCUCUGCACGAACGGACAGAUUAAGAGUGGUGGCCUGUACUACAUAAUAUCUCGCUCACUCGGGGCGGAGUUCGGUGCCUCGGUCGGUAUUGUGUUUGCGUUCGCCAACUCGGUGAACGCGGCCAUGAAUACGAUCGGUUUCUGCAGCUCACUGAAUGAUCUACUGCGAAGUCUCGAUACGAAGAUCGUCGAUGGAGGUACCAACGAUAUUCGCAUCGUUGGUUCAGUGUUUCUGUUGCUGAUGAUCAUCAUCUGUGCCAUCGGCAUGGAUUGGGAGGUGAAGGCACAGAACUUCCUCCUGGUACUGAUCAUUGUGGCCAUCUUUAACUUCAUUAUCGGCGCUAUCAUCGGUCCGGGCAAUUCUACCGAGGAGAUCGGUAAAGGAUUUCUGGGCAUUUCGACGACUCUGCUGGCGGCCAACAUGGGCCCGGGCUAUACGGUGAUGAACGGUGUGCAGCAGAACUUCUUCAGCGUGUUUGCAAUCUUUUUCCCGAGUGUGACCGGCAUCCAGAGCGGAGCGAACAUCUGCGGUGACCUGCGCGAUCCGGCGAAAGCUAUUCCGAAAGGAACCCUGUGGGCGUGUCUCAUAUCCGCUAUUUCGUAUGUGCUUUUUUCGUUCAUGGCAGCAGGAGCCGCGGUCCGGCAAGCAUCCGGCAACGCUUCCGAUAUUGUUGGUGUUACGUUUACUAGCUGCGCUGCAGGUAACUGUACGUAUGGAUUGCUGAACGACUACACGGUUAUGCAGCUAAUUUCACUGACCAGCGCCAUCACCUAUGCGGGAUGUUGGGCUGCUACUCUCAGUACGGCCCUCACGAACAUUCUCUCCGUACCACGGCUCAUCCAGGCACUCGGUAUCGAUCGCAUCUAUCCGGGUCUGAUCUUCUUCUCGAAGGGUUAUGGCAAGCACGGCGAACCGUACCGUGGUUACGGGCUUGUCUUUCUAGUGUCGCUCAUCUUUAUUCUGAUUGCCGAUCUGGAUGCGAUCGCAUCGCUCAUCACUAACCUUUACCUGGCAUCGUAUGCAUUCAUCAACUUCUGCACUUUCCAUGCCGCGACCGUGAAACCACUCGGAUGGCGUCCUACAUUCCGCUACUUCCACCCGUACGUCAGUCUACUCGCUACCGUGCUUUGCGUCGCGAUCAUGUUCCUGAUCUCGGUCGUAUCGUCCUUCAUCGCGAUGGCUUUCAUCUUCGUGCUGUAUCUGGUGGUUGUGUACCGUAAACCCGAAGCAAACUGGGGUUCAUCCGUACAGGCACAAGCGUACAAAACCGCACUCAACUCCACACUCAACCUGGAGGGUACGAGCGAUCACGUCAAGAACUAUCAGCCACAAAUUCUUGCAAUAGCCGGCGAUCCCAUGCACCGUCCGGGACUGAUCGAUCUGGCACAUCUCAUCACCAAGCACAGUUCGCUGAUGGUGAUCGGUAACAUAAUUCCCCAACGUUUGCCGUACAAACGUCGACGAGCACUGUCCGACAUGGGCAAGAAUUACCUGAAGGAUUCGAACAUUCGGGCGUUCUACAAAAUUGUCGACGGUGUAGACUUCGAUCAGGGCGCACGGUGUUUGAUCCAGUCGACGGGCUUUGGACGUUUGGCGCCCAAUAUUCUGAUGCUGGGUUAUAAAACCAACUGGCGCACUGCAGAUCACCAACAGCUGAAUGCGUACUACAAUACGUUGCAUACCGCGUUCGAUAAUCGGCUUGCACUGUUGAUUCUGCGCAUGGGUAAAGGGCUUGACAUCUUCAAGGGUUUGUCGAGCAGUGACCUGUACACGACGAUUCCAUCACCACCGGAAACGACCGUAUCGAUUACGUCCAAGCGUAUGGCAGCCCGCCGUUCGUUGAUGCCGGUCAACUCGAAUCUCGAUCUGCACGAGCUAAUACAAUCGAACCGUUCCAGCCAAACUUCACCGGCUCCAACGUUCCAUGCCGCUCCCACCUUUGACUAUGUCGCGCCCCCGGUAAUAGCCGAACCGGAAGCGAAUCUGUUCAAGCAAAAGCAACCGAAGGGCACGAUCGAUGUCUGGUGGUUGUACGAUGAUGGUGGGUUAACGAUGCUACUACCGUACAUCAUAACGACGCGCUCGAAGUGGGAAAAGUGCAAGAUACGCGUGUUUGCACUCUCGUCGGUUAACCUGCAGGAGGAGGAAACGAACUUGAAACUGCUACUCGAUAAGCUGCGUAUCAGCUAUCUCAGUCUCACGAUGGUCAAGGUGACGGACAAACCGAUGGAAUCGACUAUUGAGGAGCAUCGGGAGCUGUUGCGUACCGUCACCGGUAGCAACGACGAUCUGCCCGUACUGUCGGAGGCGGAGAAACAGCAGCUUGAAAUCAAAACCAACCGUCAGCUGCGUCUUCGGGAACUGCUGCUGGAACACUCGAAGUCUGCUUCGCUGAUCGUCAUGUCGAUGCCCGUUCCCAGACAGGAUACUGUAUCGGCCGUACUGUACAUGUCUUGGCUUGAAAUGUUAACCAAGGAUAUGCCACCAUUCCUGUUGGUGCGUGGCAACCAAACGGAGGUCCUCACCUUCUACUCCUAGAUAUCGAACCGAAGCAUUACCCCAUACGGCUAGGUGUAGUUGGGCAGUGCAUAAAGUGUCCCAAAAUAAAGCUAACGCUCUGAUCAUACGUAAU